AUGCCAGCAGCAAUGGAGGCUGCCAUGUCGCUGGUGGGAAGCCAAGGCAUUGUCUCAGCCACCGAGGUCCUCCUCGCAGCUGCCGUCUUCUGCCUGGUCUUCCUGCUCAUCCAGUCCCUCCAGCAGCACGUGCCCAAGGGGCUGAAGAGCCCCCCGGGACCCAGAGGUUACCCCAUCCUUGGCAACGUGCUGGAGCUGAGGAAGGACCCGCACCUGGCCCUGACCAGGCUGAGCCAGAAGUAUGGGGACAUCAUGGAGAUCAGGAUUGGCACCCGGCCCGUGCUGGUGCUGAGCGGGCUGGAGACCAUCAAGCAAGCCCUGGUGAAGCAAGGAGAAGAAUUCAUGGGGCGCCCUGGCCUUCACAGCUUCCAAUAUAUUUCGGAUGGCCAGAGCCUGGCCUUCAGCCCUGACUCAGGGGAGGUGUGGAAAGCACGCAGAAAGCUGGCCCAGAACGCUCUGAAGACCUUUGCCACCACCCCCAGCCCCACCUCCUCUUCCACCUGCCUCCUGGAGGAGCACGUCUCCAAGGAGGCCGAGUACCUGGUGGCCAAAUUCCUGCAGCUGAUGAAUGAGGUGAAGAGCUUUGACCCUUACCGGUACGUGGUGGUCUCCGUGGCCAACGUCAUCUGUGCCAUCUGCUUUGGCAAGCGCUACGACCACAAUGACCAAGAGCUGCUCAGCUUGGUGAACCUCAGCAAUGAAUUUGGUGAAGCGGCUGCUGCUGGCAACCCCGCGGACUUCAUCCCCCUGCUCCAGUACCUUCCCAGCCGCACCAUGCAGAUCUUCAAGGACAUCAACAGGCGUUUCAACUUCUUUGUGCAAAAAAUUGUCCAGGAGCAUUACACCAGCUUUGAUAAGGAGCACAUCCGGGACGUCACGGACUCAUUAAUUGAGCACUGCCAGGGAAAUAGUGUAGGGGAGGAUGCUCAUGUCCCACUCUCCAAUGAGAAGAUCAUCAGCAUCGUCAAUGACCUCUUUGGGGCUGGCUUCGACACGGUGACAACUGCCUUAUCUUGGAGCCUCAUGUAUGUUGCCUUGUACCCCCACAUCCAGAAGAAGAUCCAGGAAGAACUAGACAAGACCAUCGGCCAGGAGAGGAGACCGAGGCUGUCAGACCGGGGCAUGCUGCCCUACACAGAAGCCUUCAUCCUGGAGACCUUCAGGCACUCCUCCUUCCUGCCCUUCACCAUCCCACACAGUACGACAAAAGCGACGGUGCUGAACGGCUACUACAUCCCCAAGGAUACCUGUGUCUUUAUCAACCAGUGGCAAGUGAAUCACGACGAGAAGCUUUGGAAGGAUCCCUCAACCUUCAACCCUGAGCGGUUCCUCAACGCGGCGGGGACUGAAAUCAGCAGGACGGAAAGCGACAAAGUGCUGACUUUCGGCUUGGGGAAGAGGCGAUGCAUCGGGGAGUCCAUCGGCCGGUGGGAGGUCUUCCUCUUCUUGACCACCAUGCUACAGCAGCUGGAGUUCAGCCUCCUCCCCGGGGAGGAGGUGGACACCACUCCCCAGUACGGGCUGACCAUGAAGUACAAGAAAUGCGAGAGCUUCCAGAUCAAGAAGCGUUUCCCCACGAAGAGCUCUCCGUAAGCUCCGCAGAAGAAAAGCCAGCCCUUGGAGUUGGACUCUCUGCCAGCUUUUGCCAACGCUCUCUCCAAGCUGACACAACCCCUCGCUGUGUCGCUUCACUGGAGGCUUGUUCAUCUCAUGAAAAUGCGAGUGGGGAGGGAUAAAGCCGGCUUUGUUGGGCUCCCUGUGCCAGCUCCACCACCCUCACCCAUGGAGUAGCUCCCUAGAGGUCCAGCUCACUCAUCCCUCUCGGGGAGGUCUAGGGGGACCACAGCCCUGUGGUGGGGAGGACAAUUUGGGCUGGGAGAAGCAGUGGGAGAUGUGAGUUAGGGAUGUCCUCACCCUGCCCUCACUCCCUUCAUCCACCAAAUAGGGAUAAACCUGCAGGUUCCUCCCUGAGAGACCUGGCCAACCUUUACCCAUGGGGUGAAAGUCUUUGAAGCUCAUUCGGUGGAGCCGUUGGCCAACCCUUCAGCUCUUCAUGCCGAUGGGAUCCGGCCACCUGCUGAAGGGCUCUGGAGGCCAGACCUACCCCAGGUGGACCCCUUCUGGGUGCACCCUCGCACAGCUAAAUUCCUUGAAUGUACGUUCAUUAAAUGAAUCCCCAAGUGUUUCUACCAAUCCUUGGUGACAGCCUGACUACUAGAAAAAAUAAAAUAAAAUAAAUAUAUAUAUCCAUAAGUAGUUCUGUUGACAAUUUGAGAUCUUAUCAGCUGGACUCCUAACAAGAAGCCUCCUGGAAAAUAUCAAAGGGCUGAGAGUCAAGGAGAAGAAGCAGUAAGAGGCACAGCAGGACACUUCUGGCUUUCACACUAUGCGUUUGCUGCUUUUGUUUUAAUGAGUGGGAUUUAUUAAUAUAUUUUAUUUAGCAACCGAGCCAAGAGAUGUCUAUAUUCAGACUAGUCAAAGGAGCAAGGGUUUGAGAAGCGCAGGGGAUGCUCUCAGCCUGCGGAAUAUAAACUGCACAGGAUUUCCAACCCAAUA